AUGACGAUGCGAGUGUGUAAGACAACAUUGACGCUCAGGUGUGCCAAUGAACAUAAAAUAAUAGCGUCGUGUUCAUUUGAUAACGAGUUGUAUUUACUGUUUGAUUCUGAGCCCCAUGAAGUGUACCGAGUACAAAGCCAAAUCACCACCGAUGGCCCACAAACGGUGUCGAAGACGUGUGACUACUCGGAACUCCAUGACGGUCCUUUGGCACACACGGAACUCUUCUGUAAAAUGGAGUGUAAUUGUAAGUCACAGUUUCACUCGAUUUUCUGUUUCAAUGGAGAUAUCUUUAUACUCAAAUUACUUCCGGGGAAGAUUCUAGUUGUGAAUGGGUUCAUCACAUACAGUCUUCGAGCAGACUCUGUCGACGGCAACGGGAAAAUUUAUAUAUUAAACGACGACGUCUUCAUUCAAGCAACUCCAAAGACCAUCUUAACGACUUCGUUGACCUCUAUCACAGAAGCCGUAUAUAAAAAGACGGACCUCCAUUACAAAGAGUUCAAAUUUUGUCAUGAAGUCGUUGCACUCCAAUUUUUGAAGUCGACGAAUUGCUUCAAGCAGAAUGAUAUCGACCGAGUCCUUGGGAGAAAAGUGAAUGAAAGAAUGGAGAUGGCAGUAUAUGGAAAAGGAUACCCCGUCGUCUUUAAAGACGUUAGUAACGAAGAGAUGUCGACAUUCACAUCUGCGAUACCGGACUCAAGAAACAUAGAAGACCUCUGUUAUAACCCAUUCUCCGAUAAAUACGUGUUACUGUCUGAUAACUUUGGUAGACUUAUACUCUUCGACACGGAGAAUAGAUUCAUCGUGAAGACACUCGCUUCAAUGCGGGACGCACAGAUGUGUUGGAUCAAUAAGACUCUCUUUUUGGUCUUUUCUGACUUCCGAAAGGUGAUGGAAAUACACAACUGCUUUGACAAAGAAAGAAUCGCAUUUCUCAAAUUCAAGCAGUCUGACGAUGUCAUGGUAUUCCAAUCAGGAGAGGAAUCCGUCGCCUUGUUGGUCAACAAGAAACUCAACUUCCUCAACUUCAAUUUCAAUUGA